AUGUCAAUCUCUCUGAAGUUCCUACUUUGGUCAACUCUUGCUCUCUUGCUUCUUCAAAUAGGAUUUGGAGAAAAAUGUGAGAGCAAAAGCAGCGAACCAAUUGUGAGGCAGACGCAAGUGAAGUGGAGAGAAGGAAAGAAGUUCAGAGUUGAGGUAAUGAACGAAUGUCCUAUGUGUCCAAUCAUCAACCUUCGUCUGAAAUGUCUAGGAUUUCCUCAGUCGCUUGUGGACCCUACACUCCUCCGUGUCCUCUCCGCUUCCACCGAAAAUUGUGUCGUCAAUGACGGGUUACCGUUGAGCCCGAUGCAGACUCUCUCUUUCAACUAUUCCAACUCACACCAGUUCUCUCUUCGUCCUCUUUCUUGGUCUUUCCAGUGCGAAUAA